AAGCAGUAGCAGCAGCAGCAGCAGGAGGAGGAGGAGGAGGAGGAGGAGGAUGAUAGGCGGGAGCUAGACAGACCGCGGUGCCGCUUUGUGGACAACGACUCCCAUUGUAGGGCGGAGAGACGUGUGUCUUGUCAGUAAUCCAUAGUCUUUGGUCAAACACAGAAACCGUUUUCUUUCCUUCUGAAGCAAGGACAUCUGUCCUUGAGGUGGAUAGAUAAAAGUGUCGGGUGACAUUAGUAACAUAUUCAGGAUUGGAUGCUGUCAUUAAUGGUUAAAACACAUCUCAUCAGACAUUAUCUGUUCACUGCAGAGAGAGCGAGAGAGAAGCUGAGAGUGAGUGAGGGAGGUGGUAUGUGUGUCAUCUCAUGAGCUCGAUAGAGCCUCCCACCGGCGACUGCAUAUAUACAGUGAGAGCGGCGGCCGUCGGCCGUACAGAGGAGUGAUUGGGAGAUAUAGAGAUACAUCGUACGGAGGUAAGUAGCCUACAGAGCUGCCGCUUCAGAGCUGAGGGAUGGUGUUGCUGCUUUCUCUUGGAGGGAUGCGGAGAGCUAGAGGAUGGCCGGGAGUGUCUGACAAAUUAUAGUGUGCCGGCUCUGGCUCUGGCUACAGCCAUGCCUCUUCUGGAAGAGACCACUGUGCCUCGAGAGCAUCCCCCCACACUGCCUGUGGUCAUCAUAGGUAACGGGCCAUCAGGUAUCUGCCUGUCCUACCUGCUGAGUGGCUACAAGCCCUACCUGGACCCUUCAGCUGUUCACCCAAACCCUGUUCUGUACAGGAAGUUACAGGAGACCAGACACCUGCCCAUCACUGAACAGGAUCUGGAGUAUCUGAGUGAAGGUCUGGAGGGGCGGUCAGGAAACCCUGUAGCGGUGCUGUUUGACACCCUGCUGCACCCCAAUGCGGAUUUUGGCUACGAGUUUCCCCCUGUGCUACAGUGGAGAAGAGACAAGCAGCAGCACCUCCCUCACCUGGUGCUGGGCAGGGCAACGCCUGGAGGGGCCUGGCACGUGAUGGAGGGCUCCAUGCUGACCAUCAGUCUGGGCAUCUGGAUGGAACUGCCAGGGAUCAACUACCGAGACCUGACUAACAAUGGCAAAUGCAGGGGCGUGACCAACGACCGGGCCACUCCAGAGGAGAUCUCGUCUUACUACCGUAACUACGUCAAGCUGAUGGGCCUGAAGCAGAACUUUGUUGACAACACCUACGUGACCUCUGUGCAGAAACUUUUCCGUGGACCCGAGGGCGAGGGUCUAGAGAAUGGUCAUGGAGGGUUGGGGGAGGAGGGAAAGGGGGUGUACGAGGGGGGAAAGGGGGUGUACGAGGGGAGGGAGAGUCAGGGUGUAGACGAAGGGGGAGGUGGGGGCCUGUGGGAGGUGAGGGGGUACCAGCGGGUGCAGGGCGACACCCACGUUCCUUUCUGCCUGUUUUCAGAGAAUGUAGUUCUUGCCACGGGCGCGUCUGAUUCGCCAGCUCAGCUGGGUGUGGAGGGGGAGGAGCUUCCCUUCGUGUUCCACAGCAUCUCUGCCCUGGGAUUGGCUGUGAGCCGGAAGAAGCUUGGGCCAAACUCUGAUCCGGUGCUGAUUGUGGGGGCGGGGUUAAGCGCGGCGGAUGCGGUUUUGUGCGCUUGUAACAACAACAUUUCCGUGCUGCAUGCCUUCCGCAAACACGUAGACGACCCAGGCCUCAUCUUUAAACAGCUACCCAAGACCCUCUACCCAGAAUACCACAAGGUCUACCACAUGAUGCACUCCCAGACCCACGCAACACCAAACAUGGCUGCCACCUCCACCACCAAUGGCCUUCCCAGCAUGGCCGCCUCAGUCUGCUCCAAGAUGUGCUCCAAGCCCCAACCCACCACAACUAACACGGCCGCCAGUGGUGGUCCCGUUCUGUUCCCUGACUACACCAGCUUCCCAGAGCACUGCGUGGAGUCCUUCCAGCCAGACAUGAAGUGUGUCCUGCAGGGGAGCAACUCCCUCAAGGCCUUUAAGAUCUCCAUGGCCCUGGUGUUGAUCGGCACCCAUCCCAACCUGUUCUUCCUCAAGGGCCAGGGCCAGUACCUGGGACUGGACCCCACCAAACCCAUCUCCUGCAAGCAGAACCCUGUGGAUGUGCACCCCUACACCUUCGAGUGCACCAAGGACCCAGGACUGUUCGCCAUGGGCCCGCUGGUGGGAGACAACUUUGUUCGCUUCCUAAAGGGCGGUGCUCUAGGCAUUGCCUCCUGCCUGCUCAAGAGACUGAAGAAGAAAGGCAAGCUGAUCGCAGAAGGGGGAGGAGUAGGAGGAGGGGAGUUUAUCUAGGUGAAGUGUGGAUGGAGAGGAACGAGGUGGUGAAUAAGUUGGAAGGGAGAGAGGAGGAAGAGGCAUCUUUAUUUAAGCGAAGGGAGAAAGGAUGUGGAGAAAGGGAGGAGAGGAAGGAGGAAGAGGAGGGGGUUCAUCUUAGUAAAAAUAGCUACUAUAACCAAUGGAGUUCUGAGUUAAAAGGGCAAAGCCAAACAGUACGUUUUUUAAUAUUUUAUUGUUUGCAGUGGACAUGCCUAUUUGAACUCUGAAGCUUUCUUACCACUUCUGAGAGAACUGAAAACAAUGGAAGUGGAGGCAGGCUAGUUACAGUUCAUGACCAGGUUCAGCCCACCACCUGUUACAGCUCCACUGUUCUGGUUUCUGCUGGGAAGCUGUCACAGGGUUUAAUGUCCUCUAUCCAGAAAUCCAACCUGCAGUGUGAAAAUGUUUUUUAGAGUCAUAUUUGUGACAUUUUGUAAUGUCUUGAGUUUUUAUUUGCUCACCUUGUCUUUCAAGCAAGUGCAUUUUCUGAUUUCUCAUCUACUUUAAACAAUUGUUCUACUAUUUCUCUGAUGGCCUUCACCAUGCAAUGGACUGUGAACCACUACAACUCCCCUUUAAAGCUUCAAGGAAAUGGAACUUUGUAGAGAUAGGCCCAUAGCUGCUAUAGUGUUUCUGCCAUCAUCUCAAUUCUGAGUUUCUCAUCAGUGCCAAGCUUCAGACCCCAAGCAGUAUCUGGUUGUGAUCUUUGAAAAAUAAUGAUUUUGGAUGCAGCAGUUGUUAGCUAGAAUGCUAACGCUCAUUGACAUAGGCUGUAGAAAAGGCUAGUCAAAUAGCCAUUUUACUGGUUGAAGUUGAAGUGUUUUUUAAGUAUAAUGCAGUUGAUUUGGGGUAACACAAACGUUAUAUUAAGCAGGACAUUCAUACGAGCCUUAAAAUCCAAUUAUAAUCCAAAAGUAGUGUGAAAUGCACUCAUAAGUAACAUCUAAAUAUAGGCUUUUUUGCUGCCACCAAUUUGCAGCAAUGUUAACACAGAAAGGGGUCUAUAAACUACUACUAGUCGACGACUCCUGAUAAGUGUACAUUGGAUAAACGCAAACUGUAGCUGCAUUCUUUGACGUCCAUCAGUCUGAAUACAAAACUACUUGUCCAUUGCAUUUAUCAGGAGUUGACUAUCGCCUAUUGAAGUCAUAAUGACUGUUAAAUGCACAUUUUCUGGUUGCCAUUAUGGAGUAAAUAUUAUGCCUGUGGCUCUGAUUCCAGGUCCGUAUAGUAUUCUCUGUGACAUUUCUCAUACCAUGUCACUUUCACACAGCCAUCAUACGCCUCAUGUGUUUGUUUUGCCAAAUACCUGUUACUGUAUGUAAAGCUGUGAGGACUGAGGGUGGAGUUUCAUUCAUUUAUUGAACCAGUCAGUCGCCUUUAGAAUGUGUGUAUUCAUAUGCAGUUUAUUUCCGCAUGCACUCAUCCUCAAGACUGAAGCUGCUUGC